CGCCAAGGGUGGUUGAUUCACCCUAGCGUCCGAUCAAAACAAACCUUUCACUACUGAAUGGCUUAAUAAGGUAUCUAACCGGUUAUUUUUUUUUCUUUCUUUGUCAUUUUGUGCAAAAUGAGUCCUGGAUUGGGACACGAUCCUUUACCUUCGUAUAACAUAACAGCACAUUAUGGGAACGCCGCUAUGUGCCUGUGGCAACAGCCGCAGCACAUCCUCUUUCAAUUGGCAAAUUUUUGCUUCGCAUUGUCCUACUCCGCGCCGUCUUCGAAGAAGGGAAUACUCUUCAUGCACUCUGUUCUAAUCGUCGGAUUCAUACUAUUUUCCGGAUGGGCUUGGCACGUUAUUUGCGCCCCGGACAUCUUCUCCUGGAAUUUCAGCUUCUUGGUUUUGAACAUAGGACAGCUGGUUUACAUUGUGUACCGAAUGAGACCGAUCAGGUUUGACCCUGAAUUGGAAGAAGCCUACCACACGUUAUUUUACCCCUUCAAGGUCUCCAGACUUCAAUUCAAACGAUUAGUCUCGCCGGAAUUUGCUACAAUAAUGUCACUCCACGCCGGCGAGGCUUAUGCGAUGCAAAAUUUAACGAGGACAGACAGAUUGGGUCUUCUUCUGAACGGCAAGGUGAACGUGCUGAGCGACUCCAACUUCCUGCACCCGAUUUUACCCUGCGAAUUUCUCGACUCACCGGAAUUCGAAAGUUCUCGAGCAUCGGUCGACGAGAAAUUUAAGGUAUCGAUAGUCGCGGCAAGCUCUUGCAGGUAUUUGUUUUGGCAGAGAACUGCAUUGGAGUAUCUUCUCGUUAAGGAGGCUUACCUUGCCACCGUUCUGACAACUCUCGUAGCCAGGGACAUCGCCACCAAGCUCUAUGCAAUGAACAACAAAAUCGUUACGGACAAGGGUUCGCAUCUGGACAUUCGACUCCCCAGCAUCAGUGCUGGUUUGGGUAUCGGCGGGGAGUACAGAAGCCCGAGGGGAUCCAGACAGGCCUUGAUUCGUCGCAAGGAGACGAAGCUGGCGUCCAACAACGGUAAACAUUCUCCAGUCGAUGUCGGUGGUGCGAAGCCGAAGGAUCGCGCUGUGGGGAAUAAUUUGACGAAAAAAGGUGCUCCGAGCAUGGAACCUCUUCCAGAGUUUCCUUCGUGCGACGAUCUCGCUUCCAGUGGAGUAGAAAGCUGGCUUGAUACAUCCAGCAAAUAUCACAGCUGCGAGGUGAUAGACGAAGACUUCCAGUUCAGCUAGAGGACGUUUUGAAGUGGCUUCCGGUGGCGACGACGGUCCUCUUCUUAUAGGGUCAAGUUUACCCUGAGAGAGACGUUUUAUCCUCGUUUCAAGUGAAAAUAUACAAUAUUGAAGAGCGUUGAGUCGGAGAGUUAAAACGUUGAAUGAUUCGUGUUGGGAGAUAUUAGUAAGAGAGGAGGUAGAGGUUCGUUGAAUUUCGGAGUUUGUAGAUUUGGCGAUUGAAUAGUUGGCUGUUGAUUGUUUAACCAUAUCCUAGCAUAUUACGCUUCUGGAGUGACACGUACGGGGGUUAGAAGAACGAGCUAGAUUCCUGCAACCGUUGCACGGGUACCCCAAGUAAUAAAUGUCUUACACUUUGUGUGAUAGUGUUGUAUGAUUAUGGCACGCACAAUGCGUAUUGUAGUGAAGAUACUUUUGCUACGGAUGAUACGUGACAGAUUUAGUGAGAUUAGAGCCGUGCUUGAACAAUGGAUAAAUUAUAAAUAUAGCAAUAAUGAAAUUUAUACAAUUUAAUUUUAAGAAUUGAUCGAUCGUUGUUAAGUUUCAUUAAGAUUGUACAAUAUAUUAUUUACACGUAGCAGUAUAUCGAAUCACUCGCACACAUAUAUAAUAAUUACCUCAUUUAUGUAUACAAACGUUAAAAAAUCUAUUUUCUUCUUAUUA